AUGAACCAUACAGCUCCUCCUCCAAAUCAGUUCACCCGCCAGUUCCAAGACACCAUCAGAUACUGGUCCAGUGCCAUUCUGAUAGGUGUCCACCAGCCAGAGACCCUUUGUCAGCUGGCUGGGCAGAGGGGUACCGCCCUGGAACUAGGGCACUCAGAGCAGGAUCCUUUAAGACAUUGGGGUUUGCAACCCAACAAAGCAACUGGGAGGUGUGUGAGACUGUGGAGUGGGAAAACCGCCCAGUUCAUGCCCUUAUGGCACUGUGAGGACGGCCUGAACAGAGUGGUCUGGGACACCUGGUACCAGGAGGAGACACUAGGGUGUCACGAUUUUUCUCCCCAUCACCAAGAAGCCAUCGCCCCCGCCCCCAGCAGCACCCCCGGCUCCAGCACCCCUGGGCCCGGCACCCCGGUCCCUACAGCCGGAAGUGUCCCAUCGCCGUCGGGCUCGGUGCUGGGAGCCGCUGCCCCUUUCAGACCCCUGUUUAACGACUUUGGACCGCCCUCCAUGGGUUAUGUGCAGGCUAUGAAGCCACCGGGCGCCCAGGGCUCCCAGAGCACCUACACGGACCUGCUGUCGGUCACAGAGGAAAUGGGCAAAGAGAUCCGGCCGACCUAUGCCGGCAGCAAGAGCGCCAUGGAGCGCCUGAAGAGAGGCAUCAUCCAUGCCCGGGCCCUAGUCAGAGAGUGCCUCGCAGAGACAGAGCGGAACGCCCGCACGUAACAGGACGCGACUCUGCCUCCGAGUCUGGACCUUUCCCGGCCACUGCAGAGCACCUGCUUCUCCCUGGCCUUCACCCUGAGUUGCACUUCCCAGCCUGGGCUUCCUGUCCUGUCUCCCUUGGUGGGUGCCCUCCAGGAACCAGGGGGCAGCUCUCAACUCCAGUCGACAGCACUAACUGGGACUCUUGCAAGAGUUAGCAGCGAGGUCACUGUGAGUCGCACCCAUGACCUGCCAACAGUGUUGAUCCAACUGGAGCUUUCUCCUUUCUGUGGCCCCCACCACUCAGCGCUUACCCAAGACUUUUCACCACUUUUCCCAGACCCCUCCUGUAGCCGGGCCUCCCGGGGCCUCUCACCUCCCUGCCUUGUCUCCUGGGCCAUAGCGACUUUUUUUUCAGUGUCUUUUGCUAAAUAUGCCCUUUUU